AUUGCUUAAAAGCGUGGAGCUGGUGCUAUUGCUUCAGUGCUGCCUGCAGACUUCUUUCUGUGCAGCACGCACUGGGAUUCUGCAGGAAUGGCCCCGGUGCCUGCUUCUCAUCCGCAAGUCGCAGUGACACUGGUUCUGCUCCUGUCUGUGCUCGGUCUGGCUGCUGGUGGGAAGCUGCUGGUGGUGCCCGUAGAUGGGAGUCAUUGGCUCAGCAUGCGGGAAGUGUUGGAUGGUCUCAGUGAGAAAGGGCAUGAAAUAGUCGUCGUUGCACCAGAAGUCAGUUUAUACAUAAAGCCAAGAAAGAGUUUUGUUAUGAAAAUGUACCCAGUCCCUUUCACACAGGAAGACAUGGAUGAGAAUUUCCAUGCAUUUUCACAGGAAGCAUUUCAAGAAGGAUCCUUUCUUGAUCUUGAGGAGAGCAAGUAUGAUGCUCUCUUUACGGAUCCUGUAAUACCUUGCGGGCAGAUACUGGCUGAGCAUCUUUCAGUCCCUUCUGUCUAUUUUUUGAGAGGAAUUCCAUGUGGCAUAGAUUUUGAAGCCACUCAGUGUCCCAAUCCCCCUUCUUAUGUCCCCAGGGUGUUUACAGAACACACAGACCGUAUGAACUUCCUCCAGCGUGUGAAGAAUCUAGUCUUUGAUGUCCAAAAUUUUUUCCUCUGUGACUUUAUGUAUCAGCCGUACUCCAAACUGGCUUCUGAGUUCCUUCAGCGAGAUGUGACUGUGUUAGAUCUCUUACGCAAGGCUUCCAUAUGGCUUCUGAGGUUAGACUUUGUGUUAGAUUAUCCAAGACCGUUGAUGCCCAACAUAAUUUUAAUUGGCGGAGUGAAUUGUGCCCACAAGGAGCUACCACAGGUAGGUCAUGCUUGAGUCUUACUUCUUAUU